AUGUCACCACCAAGCUUCUGGUUCGGCCUUUGGAUCGGCAUGUGUCUGAUCUCUUAUACGGGCUCGAUGUGGAGCUACCCAGUAUAUGCUAUAUUCAUCGUGUAUGCUAUCACACUGUACCUCAAAGUUCGCCGAAUUAUGCUUCACGGCAAAGCGAUCCGCAAGACCAAAGAGCUCGCACGGGCAGUCUACCCAGAUUACACGAUGUCCGACGUCGUAUUCCUCAAGGCCGGCAUGCAUAGCCCAUACCCAGGCUCUCACCACUGGUUUGCCGGCAUCUCAGCCUUGGAUGCGCCGGCAGAGGACUGCAUGUUGGUCAAGAUGCGAACGCCUGCUCCGUCCAAAGGCGAAGCGCUUGUUGAGCUACAGCAGUUUCUGGAACGUGAGCUCAGGGCGGCAAGGCCCAAGCGGAAGAAUUGAGCGCAGCGUGCUCUAGCCGAGGCCGAGGGACGUGAGAGAACGUGUAACUGGACGAACACUUGGAAGUUUGUUUCAAGGUCUUAGGCCGUGUUACGAGAGAUGUGACAGGUGGUUUUGUAGGCACUACACGUAGCUUCCUCAAGCUUCAAAUCAGAUCGCCCGAACCUGGCAUUUCCCUUCUACCUAGGCAAAUCGUUUGGCCGUGACCCAAUCCAACAUGCGUG